AUGUCGCGGCCGGCCCGCGCGCUCCCGGCCCAGCUGCCCGCGGCGGCGGCGGCGCGCGCGCUGCGGGGCACGGCGCGGUUCGUGCGGCGCGCGCUCCCGCUGUGCCGCGCGCACACCGUGGAGUUCUUCACGCGCGGGCUCUGGGAGCGCCUCGUGGCGCCGCCCCCCCGCGCCGUGCUCGAGGCGCUGCGCGCGGCCGGGCCGCUCGCGCGCCCCCUGGCGGGGCCCUCCGGCCCUGCGGCGGCGCCGUGCGAUGAUGACAUGUUUUCCAGUGCAUUUUGUGAAAACUCUGAGAAGCUUAUUGAUGUACAUUUGUUUGUCCUGGCUGCUGAGUAUUAUUCUUUGUCCAACCUUGGAGUGUGUACCCCAUUAGAAGAUGUACUUGAAGCACUGAAAGGAAACAGCCAGGGAGCAACAGGUAUCAAACCAGAUGAGUUUAUGAACAAUAAGAAAUCACAUGAAGUGCAAGUGAUGUCAGAGCUGGUAGACAGCAUAGCAAAUUAUUGUGGAAUAAAGCAGGUGAUUGAUAUAGGUUCUGGAAAAGGCUACCUGAGUUCAUUUUUGUCCAUGCAAUACAACUUAAAAGUUUAUGGAAUUGACUCCUCCAACUCCAACACAAAUGGUGCUUGUGAAAGGAACAGAAAAUUGAAGAAACACUGGAGAGCAUAUCAGAGUCGAGGAAGAGCAAACCUCAAAACCCAGAGUUUGGAAAAGACAAAUGGCAGACCAGUGGAAAGUGAAAUGAAAUAUAAAACAAUCAAUGAAGAGUUCUUAAAUAACACCAAAAGUCUUCAAAGUUGGGACCAUGCGAUUAUGCAAGAUUUAGUUCCUUCUCGUGGUUUCACAGAAAUGGGUACAUUUGAAACCAGGACAGAAACUGAAGCUGAUUUGGUGGCUCAGACAAAAUCUCAUGAGAGCAAACUUUCUGAAGAGGUUCUUGCUAUUCUAAAUGUUCUGCCUGCUGAUGCUGUAGAAGUUUUUUCUUCAUCUCAUUGUAACUGGGGGGAACUCUCUGAAGAAGAAAAAGUGCAAAGAAAAAUGACAUCUCUCAAGGCUAAAGCAACAAAGUCGAGUGAAUCGAACCUCUAUUUACCCUUAACAUCUUGCAUCACUGCAGAAACAGAACUCAGUGAUAUCAUAACAGAUCUGGAGGACUGUGUGAUGGUGGGUCUACAUACGUGUGGAGAUCUGGCUGCAAAUACACUGCGAAUUUUUGCUGCCAAGCCUGAAAUCAAAGCAGUUUGCAGUGUGGGCUGCUGCUACCAUCUGUUAUCAGAACAGUUUGAAAACCAAGAAGAAUGCUGCAACGAAGUGUGGGGAUUUCCCAUGUGUCAGUACUUGAAGGACAAAGGCUGGUGUUGUGGUCGCAAUGCUAGAAUGUCAGCAUGCUUGGCUUUGGAGCGAGUUGCAGUUGGCCAAAUGCUGCCUACAGAAUCAUUGUUUUAUCGAGCUGUUCUUCAAGUUAUUAUAGAAGAAAUGUAUGGUGUUACCAGAAGUGAUCGACGUGUUGGAAAAACUUUCUCCAAAUCAUCCUCCUUCAUAGAUUAUGUCAGAAGGUCUCUGAAAAAACUGGAACUGGAUGAUUCGAAGCUCCCAGACAGCUGUAUAAUGGAUUACUAUGAAAAAUACAAGCACAGAAUGAACGAGCUAGAAGCAUUUAAUAUGUUGAAGGUUGUUCUGGCUCCUUGCAUAGAAGUUUUGAUACUUCUGGAUCGUCUUUGCUAUCUCAAGGAGCAGGAAAACAUUGCCUGGUCUGGACUUGUGAAGUUAUUUGAUCCUGUGAAAUCCCCCAGAUGCUAUGCAGUUAUUGCUCUGAAGGAAGACUCAUGUUCUUAAGUGGAAGCAAAUUUCAAAGAGGUUGAAAAUUCUGAACUGCUACUGUUGUCUCCUCUCUUUUAAUCUGUUAUUUUUAAUUGAUUCCUCAAGUACAACUGUUUGCUUUUCAGCUGCAAAAGAAAAAAAAUGGAAUGUCUCUGAAUCUUCAGAAAUAAAUAUCUCCUUUAUAAAUAUGAUGGCUUCCUUAUGUCAGUUAUUAAACAUUGUUGAACAUCUGACUUUAUUGAAAAAGUUAUGACCU